AUGGCAAGCGCUCCCAAAGCCCAGGCGGUGCCUCGCACCAAGCACCGCGUGCGCAUGGCCGUGCCAGCGGUGACGAAGAAUAUCAAUGAGGAUGAAGGUCUUGAUCAAGGGGAUAUCGAAGGGGAAGAUACCGACGAUGCCGACGAUGAUGCCGAUGGAGACGACGAUGAUGCCGACGAGGGUGACGACCAUGUUGAUGAGGGUGACGACGAUGAUGACGACGAUGAUGACGACGAUGAUAUACCAGCGGGAGGACGCAGCAACAAGACGAAAAAGCGCAAACGGCGUGCCGUGUCACUCAAUGCCUUUGGUGAGACCCUCGAGCAACUGCUUGGCACCGAGUCAGCCCCAGCGCCUAACGAGAUCCUCUCGCUUGCCCCACGUCUUCGUCAUACCGCCAAUGCCAGUACUUUGCGUGCCAAGGCCGCUAGACUAGCACUUGAGAAGCGCAAAGAGCGUGAAGAGAGGGCCCACAUUAAGGACGUGAUCGGUGAGUGGGGUCCUCCUGGCUCGCUCUCGUACGCAGGACACGCACCUCUUAGCGGCCCAGCCCUUGAUGCAUGGACAGAGCAGGGUGGCGCCAAAGGGUACGAGCGCCGGCUUCGGAAAACGGCACAGCGGGGUGUGGUGAAGCUAUUCAAUGCCAUUCGCGCAGCCCAGUCUACCACGGAGGACGACAUUGAACGAGCACGCAUGACGCAGAAGUCGCGCAAGGUCAAUGAGCUUGGUAAUAAGGAUAUGGCCGUCAAGGAGCUCAGUAAGACCCACUUUCUCGACAUGUUGCGGCAGGCGCCCAAAGGCACGUCCCGCUCGUAA